GAAAGAGAGAAAAAGAGAGAACCAGCUGCUUUAUAUGACAGCUGUCUCACAGCGGAGUCGUAUUCAACAGCAAAAGAUCCGGCUUCGUUCACGCUUCGUUCGAAGCGUGCGACACAUGUGAAGGAUACGAUAUGUUUCGCAGUAACGACGUGGAUAGAAUUCGUCAGUGCUAUAAUAAUCCUCAUAUGAAGCAUUUAAGUUGUUUAUCAUCGUUAUCACUCGCAAUAUGUUCUCAGUUUGCGUCGUAAACCACGAAGUGUUUUCUGAUAAUUCGUCACGAAAAUUAUACAGCAUCAAAGUUAAUUUCAUAAACUAAUGCUUCUUUGAGGAAAGAUCGCAUGAUGUUUAAUGCUAUUAAGAGACUAACUGGAAAAUCCGAUGGGGUCGGCAAUGCAUCUCCCAGACCAGCCCAUCAAUCCAUGCCGACGAAUCUUCAACGGAAGUUUGCCAAAGGGGUGCAAUAUAACAUGAAAAUAAUAAUAAAAGGAGACAGGAAUGUAGGAAAGACAUGUUUAUUCCAUAGACUGCAGGGCCAAAAGUUUAUCGAAGAGUAUAUACCUACGGAAGAGAUUCAGGUGGCGAGUAUACAGUGGAAUUACAAGGCCACCGACGAUGUGGUCAAAGUAGAGGUAUGGGAUGUCGUAGAUCGUGGCAGACGCCGACGAAAGUUGGAAGGUCUGAAAAUGGACAAUGUUCCAACUAACGCGGAGAAUGCUGUGGAGGAGCCUGCUCUGGACGCUGAAUUCCUUGAUGUUUAUAAAGGCACUAACGGUGUCAUUAUCGUCAUGGACAUCACGAAGAACUGGACGUUCGACUAUGUCCAGCGUGAGCUGCCGAAGAUACCUAGCCAUAUACCUGUCAUUGUUCUCGGCAAUCACUGUGACAUGUCACAUCACAGAACCAUCACCGCGGAUCACGUGACGUACUUCAUAGAUUCGCUGCAAGAAAGAUUAGCACAAGUGAGAUACGCAGAGUCAUCGAUGCGAAAUGGCUUUGGCCUAAAAUUGCUGCAUAAAUUUUUUAAUCUACCGUUUCUCCAGCUGCAACGUGAGACACUGUUGAAGCAGCUUGAAACUAACGAAGAGGAGACGCGUCUGACUAUUCAAGAGCUCGAUCUCUUCCAGGACAGCGACGAUGCCGAUUACAACAAAUUCCUAGAUAAUCUCGUGAAUCGUAGAAGAGCCCUCGCCGACUCAGUGUCCGCCAGCAAUCUAGUCUCAAAUGUUCCGUCAUCUAUGAGUAAUUAUCACCUUGCCUCCUCUAGCACAAAUGCUAUCGGAGAGGUCAAAAGAUCGAUCUCGAUGCCUGGUCCGAUCGGCGGUGGAACUCCAAUACCAGUGAAAAAUUUGGAAAUAAAAUCCUUACCGAGGAAAGACAACUCGACGGCAAGUACAUCGGACAACGUACCCAAUUCUAAAACGCAGAUUGCAACGUCAUCCAUUACGCAAAAUUCCGCUGCUAAAAUAGAAGCGGCUAAACCAGCUGAAUCUAUCAAUAAUGAGGGAAAAGAUUCGAUCAAUCGAUCAUCGUCACUCAUGUCUAAAAUCUUUGGCCAUAAGAAGGAAGACGAGACAGAUGGGUCAAAACUGCCAAAUAAAAGUGUUAGUUUGAAAGAACCGUUGACUAGUGUUGAAGACUUCGUACCCGAUGGAAUGCUGGACAAAUCGUUUUUAGAAAGCCCGAACUCUAAUUCUCUCACUCCAGAGCCAGAUCUUGCGCCAACUCAAGAAGACGCAGAAUCUGAGAGUGACAUGGAGACUGGCAAUCCUCUGGUAGCUGGUUACGAGGAUGAUUUGUCAUCGAUCGAAGAAGUAGCUUCUCCUGAACAGCCAAAAUUAGCAGAAAAUCCUCUGUCCAAACAGAAACACAAAUUAGAACCAUUAGCAGGUCCAGAGAUAAAUAUCGAGAAACCAAAACAAGUCACGAAACGCGAUUCUGUUUCUUCUAUAGAGCAAGAAUUGCGUAACUCCAACGAAUAUGAAUCGAACGAACAAUCAGACAUAAACUCGGACGCUUUUGAUAGUUGGUUGCGACGAGAUUCGAAAUGGCGACAAAGUCCUGAAGGUGGUGAAGACGUGAGCAGCACCAGUAUGAGGAAAGAUAGACUGGAAUUGAGCGACAAGAGUCUGGACGUUAGCGUGACAAGUUCUAAUGUUCACUUAGAGCUACUUGAUGACACUAGCAUGCGCCACGUAAGCUCUAAUGCCAGUAGUCCGGUGAUGAAGGAGAAAAAGAAACACAAAGAAAAGGGAGAUGAAAAAGAGAAGAGGAAAAAAAAGAAAUCGAAAGAUAAGGAUAAGGAAAAAACAGAGAAGACUGAAAAGAAAAAGAAACGGUCAUCGCAUCGCUCGAAGGAUGAAAAUCGAGAGCGUGACGAACUUGAGGAGUUUUUGAACGGUUCGGUUACGAGAAUCGGCGUUGAUGUGGCCUACGAGGCGAUUUAGCGUUCUGGAAAUAUUAUCGAUAAUGACUUUUAAGUUACGCAUCUUCCAAAAAAAGGACUUCGCUCUCUUCGAUGUAAUGUAUGUUACGCUCCCCCUCGAAACAGUGGAGAAAGAUUAUUUUUCCCGGAAAAGAAAUAAUGCGUUUCGGGAUUGUGCUGUUAACCUGCGAGAGAAUAUACUCAUUUUCCGCGAAUUCGGCGAGACGCCCGUUUUACGAGCCGCAUUUCAGCCGGAUUCGGCAUUUCAGUCUGCCAUGAUAAAAAUUUUAUCGAGGGAUAUGUUUCAGCGGUCAAAUCUGCACUUAUUUAUAUUGCAUUUCCGAUUUUGGAUAUUUGACGAUUUUUAAUAAGCAUUUAAAAGACCAUGUACAUGGCGAUGAGUUUGUUGUAUGAAUGAAUGUAAUAGAAGAAUAUAUUAUACCUACGUGAUAUGACGACUAUGUGACAUUACAAUGGCAUACUUAUGAAAUUAUUUAUUAUAUUUUCUAUUUUUAAUAUCUGUGUUCACUUAAAGUAAGAUUCAUAUGUAUAUUUAUCGUUGAUAUCAUUUAUAAAUUUUCUCUUUAGCUUAACGCAUGCUCUGUCCUUGUUGAAUAUAAUUCUUUUAAAGAAGUUAUUCUAUAUAAGAAUGUUACGUUAUUGUUGUAUUUUUCAUAAUGGUGUAUAGCAUUGUACGAUCAUUGCAGCUUCAUGUUAAUAAAUGUAUAUAAAAUAAA